AUGAAAUUACGUACCAUAUAAAUUACUUGGACUCUUUGCCAGUUACAGCAGACCAAGUGAAACAAGCCACGGUCAAGGAUCCAAUCCUUAGCAGAGUAUUGAAGUAUACUCUAGAGGGAUGGCCAACCAAUGGGUCACCUGAACUCCACGGUUAUGCCAAAAGGUCAACCGAGUUAUCUAUUACCGAGGGAUGUCUAAUAUAUGGAGGAAGAGUAGUGAUUCCAUAUUCACUACAAAAACAAGUAUUGUCUGAACUACACACAGGACAUAUAGGAAUGGUGUGAAUGAAGGCGACGGCUAGAAGUUUUGUGUGGUGGCCUGCCUUGGACAGAGAUGUUGAGAGUAUAGUCAGAUCAUGUUCCACGUGUCAGGAACAACGGAAUAAACCUGCAAUUUCAACGCCAACUCAUCCUUGGAUAUACCCGGAAGGUCCUUGGGAACGUGUCUAUGCAGACUUUGCGGAGUACGGAGGAAGACACUAUUUAUUGUUAGUAGAUGCGUUUUCAAAGUGGCCAGAGGUCCAUGAAUUACACAAGAAUACUACUGCUUGCCAGACAGUAGAAUGUAUGAGAAGAACAUUUGCAACUCAUGGAAUACCAUAUUGUAUGGUAACUGACAAUGGACCUCAAUUCUUAUCAGAGGAGUUUAGUAAAUUCAUGCGCUCAAAUGGCAUCCACCAUCAACGUACCCCACCAUAUCACUUAUCCACGAAUGGACAGGUGGAGAGGAUGGUACAGGAAUUAAAGAAGAGCUUGAAGUCUAAGCCAUCGGAUCGAACAUGGAGUCACCAAGUGUUAUUGUUCUUACUUCAUUAUUGGACUACCCCACACGGUACGACUGGAAAGACUCCGGCUGAGUUGCUGAUGAAACGUUCUCUUAGGAAAAGGCUGAGUCUGUUGAAACCGGAAGCUGGAAAAAAGAUACGAGAUCAUCAAAGAGAAGAAUUUAACCAGGCUACAACCAAUGUAAGAGAAAUAGGUCCAGGAGACACUGUUUCUGUCUGGAAUCCAAGAAGAGAUGGUCGAAGCAAAUGGCUCGCAGGAAGAGUGACACAACGACUGGGACCAACAUCUUAUUUGGUAAAUGUAGACGGACACAUAGGAUACGUUCAUAUUGAUCACUUGAUAACAAGAGAUGCGACCAAUACACAAAUGAUUCUGCCAGAAGAACCGGAUAUCUUGCCAGCUACAGUUGUACCAGAUUCAUCAGGACCCGUGUUAGAAGAUCCUACACUUCCAGCAAGUACACUUACACCUACGGAGACUACAGAUGAGGAGCAUAUCAUGAGGAAAUCCACUGAGACUAAAGAUCCAGUCACAGACAAUGGAGCAACUGAACCUCAGGAGGAAAUCAGUCAAAGGAGAUAUCCAACUCGAGAGAACAGACAGCUACCUCUCAGGUAUCGAAAAAGACUAAAGGGAGAGGAGUGUAGUGUAUGACACUUAAUUAGAUUAGACCUUGCUGGCAUGGUAUGUAGUAAUUAGACAUAGCACUAUUUGGUUAGUACGUUAGUGAGCGUUGUAGUGUGUAAUAACA